UGUAUGAUUGUGUUGGCUGUUUCUCGAAAGAUCAAAGUAUCUGAGGUUCUUUGAAGUUCUUUCAAUUUACAAUUGCUUAAAGUAUAAGUAGCAAAUACCACUAGUAAGUACAGAUCAGCUGGUGAGGACAAGCAGAGCACUAUGGACAGCAGCAACUCAAGCAAAAUUAAUCAGACAUAUACUGAUAAUGUUUCUGACAAUGUCUACAAAGAUGUUUGUAAGGAUUGUUUUAUUGAUCUGAUGAAUUUUACGAGAGUGGGCUCUCUGGUCUUCUACUACCUGACCUUUAUCCUCGGUGUUCCUGGAAAUGCAUUUGUCGUGUAUGUUGCUGGAUUGAAGAUGAAGAGGACUGUUAAUACAGUAGGGUUUCUCAAUCUAGCGAUUGCUGACCUCUUGUGCUGCCUUUCCACUAUUUACUACAUCACCAAGAGAGCUAUUGGCUACUGGCCGUACGGAUCCGUAAUGUGCAAGAUUUUCCCCUUCAUUAUGUUCAUCACCAUGUUUGCCAGCGUUUUCACACUGAGCUUGAUUAGUCUGGAUCGGUUUACUCGGGUGAUCACGCCGGUUUGGGCUCAGAAUCAUCGCAGCUUGUUCAUCGCACGACUGUCCUGUGCAACAGCUUGGAUUCUGGCUUCAAUUCUUAGUCUGCCUUUUAUGAUGUUAGCAAAGUUUCACACAAAUAAAAAUGAAACAUACUGCCUGUUUCAUGAACUUGAUGAAUACCAUUUAAAAUUGUAUGGAGGGUUUAGCAUCAUCAGAUUUGUGUUUGGUUUUUUGGUUCCUCUCAUAUGCAUCACAGCAUGCUACGGAUUCAUUGCACGCAAGUUAGGCAAGAGUCAAUUUAACACUGGACGGGCGUUUCGUAUCAUGUUUGCUGUAAUCGUGGCCUUUUUUCUUUGCUGGUUGUUCUAUCACAUAGUAGAUUUGAUAAUAAUAUAUGGCGAGAAAUCCAGUUCCCUUGUGGCUGUGGCUUGGGCUGUGUAUCCGUUGACCAUCUCUUUGGCGUAUUUCAACAGCUGUCUGAACCCCAUUCUGUAUGUUUUCAUGGGGCAGGAUUUUAAGAGCAAUGUUAAACUUUCUCUAAGACAUGUUUUUGAAAGAGUUUUCUCUGAGGAUGGAACACAAGCAUCACAAUCCACACAGUCACAACAAAUGCACUCAGUGUAGUGAAGAAGAUAUCAAUUAAUUUAUACAGAGUUUUCUGAUAGAUUUUUAUUACUAUUCUAAUAAUGUUCUAAUUAUUUAUUUUCUAAAUUCAUCAACUCAAAGUCAGCAAGUCAUCUAACUCUUAUUCAUAAUUCCUGUGUUUCUUUCUCUAUUGUUGAUGUAUUUUCAGUGAUUAGUGAUUUGUGAACUAUCGUCAAAGCUUAACAUCACAGUGAUUGAAUACUGAUGCUUGAUUAACUCUUUUGGUUGCUAUCAGCUUAGAAAAAGCUUGUAAUAUUUCACUAAUAAUGACAUGUGGUUUCUAUGCUGA